CAGCAUCACCGUAAGUGUCUAUAAAACAUGCCGCCUUCCUCUGGUUCUGGUGAACCCUCCAUCCACCAGCUCAUUGCCGAAUAUCACGAGAAAAAACCAAACUUUCCCCAGCUCUUUCAAGACUCACCACCGGACCCCCCAGAAAAGACAAAGCUAGAACCAGCACCAAAACAAAAGCAAUCUUACGAGGAGUAUCUCAAACAAAGCGUUGAGAAGUUAAAAAGCCACAAAGAGGAGAGAGACUUAAGACUUUUGAUACCAGGAGCACGAAGACAGAAAUCACAUCCAGUCGCUAUGCCUCACCAUCCAGCUGAAGAGAAUGCUACUGGUAAUAUUACCGACCAAGUCGCCAAAGAUGCAUCCGAUUCCACCGCCUCUACCCACCCACAUCACCAAGUAGACGCAGGUGCGACAUCUGGAGGCUCGAUUGGAGCACAGGCACACAAGGCCAAUCCGGGGCCCGUCAUGGCCGAGGAUAUUGGAAAGCCUGCCAGCAAGGAGGAGCUUAAGAAAAGGGCCGAGGAGCUGAACAAAUAAAAUGGCUACAUACAGUGGUAUGAGAGAAGCCGCUGAUUGACUCACGAAUCCUCAAUCAUGGGCUGAUUUCGACUUAAGAAUCAUCGCCGGGUACUGACAGUCAUCAAUUCGGCUGGCCACGACUUCCCCUUCAUGUAACAUCAUAAUAAAAUAUUUUUACCCGCCGGCUA